UGUGAAUUAUUAUUAUUAAUAUUCCAGGUGUACGAGAAGAUCGAGCAAGGCUCUCCUUCGUGGCAGGCCCUCUCAGUGCCUCAGGGCAAGCUGUAUGGCUGGGACGUCAGUUCUACCUACAUCAAGCGACCGCCGUUCUUUGACGGGAUGAGCAGGGACUUACCACCAAUCUCUGGUAUCAAGUCAGCCCGCUGCCUGCUGCUGCUGGGCGACUCGGUGACCACAGACCACAUCUCGCCAGCCGGCUCCAUCGCCAGGAACUCGCCGGCCGCCAGGUUCCUCGCUUCUAAGGGGUGA